AGUGUGACCGCUUUAAAGAAUUACACAAAUGCAUGCUGAGCUACACUCUCUGACAUCCUUUGAUUACUUAAGUUAAAAAACACUGUUUUAAUUGAUCAUUUAAAUAUUUGUUUUACUUCACGAGCACACCAGGAAAACGUGUUUAAGAAGAAAUUGAAAGUGAAAGGUUAGCUUUCUAAGUAUAACCAAUAAAGAAAGUUUAGACGCGGAGUUUCGUGUCAUUUCUUGUUCACUUGCGAGAAGUAUUUUAAGGAGAUACCAAAAGAAAAAAGGAUGGCAUCCAUCACUUUCUAUGGCUGGGAAGCAUUCUAUGAUGAAGAUCGUCAUCUUCAGGCAGACGAGGCACCCAAAUCAGGCAGACUCUACACCAUGUAUCACGGCACCUCUGUUCAAACAGCUCGUCUGAUCAUAACAACAGGCUUUAGACAGUCAGCAGAUGGAAUGCUGGGACCUGGAGUUUAUGUGAGCCGUGACCAGAAGAAAGCAGAGCGCUAUCCUCUGAAAUCACUACCUACUGACAGAGUAGUGCUUAAAUUAAGCGCCGACUGUGGAAAAGUCAAAAGAAUUGAUAAGGACAACCAUCCUCAUCAGAAGACCUGGCAUAGUCAGGGCUAUGACACUGCCUGGGUGCCUCCCAACUGUGGCAUGAAAGCUGUGCCUAGCGGUCUAGAAGAGGACUGCGUCUAUGACCCACAGCGUGUCGAGGUCACAGAUAUUGCUCUUGCACCCAACACAGCCAUCUUAAAUGAACUCAAACAGCUCAUUGCUCAAAACAAGAAGGGGCCAUCAAAUUCGAACAGCUCAGGUACUUGUACAGUGUGCAAGUUCAAACUAGGGCCUGCUCAUAGUGUACAGUCAUGCUGGGGGUGUGGAAAGACUAUCUGCGUUCUCCUGACCAAACACGUGUGCAGUCGUUUAGAAACUUGACAGAUAUCAUGACAGAUGCAUCAUUCAGGAGGCUCUUCAGGUUUUUGGACUGGUUUGUUGACAUGCGUCAAUGCAUGAUGCUUGAAGUUGAGUUGAAAGCUACUUUAUCUGUGUAUACGAGAUUGUUUACUUUCCUCAUAGUUCUCAGUGACACAAUUAUCUUUGACAUUUAUGCUCUGACAAAUUCUUUUUCCUGCUGAUAUGUGCCAUUAUAUUUGAUGUUACAUUUAAAAUUGAAAUGUAUAUGAUCACAUAAGACUGUGAAUGAUCUAGGACGUUUGAAGAGAUUUUUUCGAUCAAUCAGGAAUAGGUUUUAAAUGUUUUAAACAUUCAGUAUUGCAGACAAUAAAGAGAGCCUGUCACCUUAGUCAUUUCAAGUAGUCCGUGUAUAUGACUGGAUCAAUUCCUGAUCUUAUUACUGUACACAUGCAAAAGUAAUGAGGAUUUCAUUUGCAAAACCUCUAGGAAUGUUUGCUAUGGCUAGUUGCUUUUUAUAGGCAUACACUCUUAAAAAUAAAUGUGCUUCACGAUGCCAUAGAAGAACCUUU